AUGCGAGUGCUGCUGUACGACUACAUGCCCAAUGGGGACCUGCGGGAAUUCCUAUAUGAUGAGCUGGCAUCACGCAAGUCGCUGCAGUGGCCGGUGCGCUUCCGGGUGGCCAUGGGGGUGGCGAGGGGCCUUGCCUUCCUGCACAGCGGGGCGGGCGGCAUGGGCGGCGGGCCGAUGGCGCAUGGGGCGGUGCACCCGGGGAACGUGCUGCUGGACGGCCGCAUGGAGCCAAAACUCGCCGACAUGGGCGUGGCGCGGAUUGCAUUUGAUACUGAUGAUGUGCAAGUGGCUGAUGAGAUCAUGGGGUACACGCCGCCCGAGUAUUCAGCAGGCCCCACCCCCCCAACCCCUGCCGGCGACGUCUACAGCUUCGGUGUCGUUCUUCUCGAGCUCCUCACCGCGCGCCCCCCGGUGGACCCAGCCUUCACAGACAACGGCACGGGCGACCUCAUAGGGUGGGUGCGGGCCACCAUGCAGGCGGGGCAACCGGGGGAGGCGCUGGAUCCGCGCAUGGCGGAUGCGGCGGAGAGUGGCGAUGAGAUGCUGCAGUUCCUCAAGGUGGCGCUGGUGUGUGUUGCGGAGGACGCUGAUGAGAGGCCGAUGAUGAGAGAAGUGGUGGAGAUGAUGGUGAGGGCCAGGGAGACUGCAGCUAAAAUUCGAGAGAACCCGCAGAUCAGGGAUUUGUUAGAGUGA